CGCUUGCUUGUUCAAGCGAGCAGGAAAGGGGAAACCUCUCUCUCUGAAGGAAUCAUGUAUUUUUUCUCUGCGUUAAUUUCUUUAAUUGAGAUCAAUUUCCAACCUAGGGCUGGAUUAUUCAUCGGUUGGACAUAAAUUUCCAAAUUGAAAUCGGGUAUUAAUUGCAAAUCAAAUAUUGGUAUCUUGUUGGAUAAAAGAGGCUAUUGAUCUCAGGAAUAUCGAUCCUGAAACCAUGACAUUCAGCGCGAAGGUAUUGCUAAGGAAAGCAAAGAAGCUUGAGGUGCAAGGCUUAGAGAAGAAUAAAAUUGCUCUGACUUGUGCCUCUAAUCUUGAUCAAUUGCUUAAUGAGGUUUACAUCAGUCGUUUGCCAAAUCAAAUUGAUUAUGAUAAUCGAACAGAUUUGGUUCGCAUCUUCAAUGCAAUGGUGAAGGAAAUUUAUGGCAAUCGUAAUGGUUCUCCUGUUGUGGAGGGAUUUGGAUCUUUUGUAAUGGGCAUAUUCAGUACGGAAAGUGAUCUAGACUUAUCUAUCAAUUUUAGAGAUAAUACAGCCAAAAUGCCUAAAGAGAAGAAAAUUAAGACCCUUCGCAAGCUGGCACAAAAAUUAUAUUCAAUUCAAAGGGGAGGUCAUGUUAGUGGCAUUCAGACUAUCAUGACUGCUAGGGUGCCGAUUGUUAAAGUCAUUGAUCAUGGAACUAGGAUUGAAUGUGAUGUCUCGGUUGAGAAUAGGGAUGGUAUAGUAAAAUCCCUGAUUAUUCGCGCAAUUUCUACAAUCGAUGAUAGGUUUCAAAAGCUUAGUUUUUUGGUGAAAGCUUGGGCCAAAGCACAUGAUAUUAACAGUUCCAAAGAACGAACUCUGAACUCUUUAUCAUUAAUUUCAUUGGUUGCCUUUCAUUUGCAGACUCGGAAUCCUCCUAUAUUACCCCCAUUUUCUGCUUUAUUAAAAGAUGGAAGUGAUCCUGCAGCUGUAAUGAAAAUGGUCCAAAUUUACUUGAACUAUGGUAAAAGGAAUACAGAAUCCUUGGCUGAGCUUUAUGUUACUCUAUUGAUUAAGCUUGCUUCAGUUGAAAAACUUUGGCAGAAAGGGCUUUGUGUUAGCUUGUGUGAAGGAUCUUGGAUAUCUAAAGCUUGGGGUUCUGGGAUUUGCUCUAUGAGUGUUGAGGAUUUCACAGUUCAAUCUCAAAAUGUUGCUAGGGCAGUUGGAACAGAAGGAUUUGGAAAAAUACAUGGCUGCAUCUGCCGUUCACUUCUCUACCUGAAGGCUUUUUCAAAUGGCCAGAUGCAGGGAACUAAGCUAAAAGAACUUCUAUUCAGUAGAGAUACAUUGUGCAGUGUAGGCGAUAGUGUUGCUUCAAAUCUGGAUAAAAGUACAACUAAGCUUUCUGUUCCCAAUGAUUCUAAUCAAAGAAAGAGGAUGAAAUUAACAGAAAACCUAGGAGCAGAAAAUCAAAGUAAAACUGAGCUUGUUGUUCAUCAUGGAACUCAUCAAACAAAGAAGAGACGUUUUACAGGAGAUCUGGAUAAAUCAAAAGGGGCAAAGCGAGGGAAAGGACCACAGCUUUCGGACAGGAUGGUAGGAGUGCAGUUCAUGGAAGGUGGUCGGAGAGAAUGGAAUAAUUUUGGUGAAAAUAGGGGUCGUUUAACCACUCAUUUUGCUGCAGAAGUUCCUCAUCUUAAUCCUCUUUCUCAUAGCUUAGAUAGCUUGAGAUGCCAUGGUCCAGUCAUGCUUCCUUCUUCUGCCCCAAACUUUACAAGUUUUCAAGGGAUUGCACCACCUCUUGUUCCCCUGUUGAAUUCUCUAGUUCUAAAUGUGUCACAAGGGAUUGCACCACCUCUUGCUCCCCUGUUGAAUUCUCUAGGAUGUAGGUUGUGUCCAUCACUAGAAAUCGAAUCACUUCACUUCAUUGACAAGUUUGGGCUUUCAAACGAUGGCUUGAGCUUUGUUUGUUUAAUUGAAUGCCCAAUUAAACUCAAGCCGUGCUCCGUACAAGGUAAAGUUUUGGGCUGUUCCAGAACAGUUCGGCUGGGUUUACAUUCUUACAGUUGUCCAAAAAGAAGUACAAAACCAGCAGCAAUUCAACAUAUACUCUCAUAUGUUCGAACAAAGAAUAGCAGGUAGGAUUACCUCCCUGUCUCACAACAAAUUUUAGGGG